UUUCUUAAUCUUGGCACUCAUCCACAUCUCUCUCUCCUCUCUCUCUCCGUCUUAAAGACCUAACAUCGUGCCCUUGAAGGUAAGAAAACGACCACCUCGCUGCCUGCUUUUCCUCCGUGGCUUGUCUUGUUUGUGUUAUCACCCACACACACUUCCAACCGCUAAAGCGCAACCGUGGAAAAUAAAAUGUUGCCAGGAAAUGGGCAGCUAUCAGUUCCCCCAGGUUUCCGAUUCCAUCCAACAGAUGAGGAGCUUCUGUACUAUUACCUGAGGAAGAAGGUCUCCUAUGAAGCUAUCGACCUCGAUGUUAUCAGGGAAGUGGAUCUCAACAAACUUGAGCCUUGGGACCUCAAAGAUAAAUGCAGAAUUGGAUCCGGGCCUCAAAACGAGUGGUAUUUCUUCAGCCAUAAGGACAAGAAAUAUCCAACAGGAACUCGAACAAAUCGGGCAACUACAGCUGGUUUUUGGAAGGCUACGGGGAGGGACAAGGCUAUCCACCUCUGCAACUCCAAGAAAAUUGGCAUGAGGAAAACCCUAGUUUUCUACACGGGGCGGGCUCCUCAUGGCCAGAAAACUGAUUGGAUCAUGCAUGAGUAUCGCUUGGACGAUGAUGAUUCUGAUGUUCAGGAAGAUGGCUGGGUUGUCUGCAGGGUAUUCAAAAAGAAGAAUCAUAGCAGAGGAAAUUUUCAACCAGAAUUUAGUCAAGAAGAAAGCUUUACUCACAUCAAGACUGUUGCUUCUUCAGCGCAACUGGAGACAAGGCAUAAUCAUUUGCAAGCGCUAUAUGAUUUUUCUUUUGAUGGCUCCAUGCAGCUCCCGCAUUUAUUUAGCCCAGAAUCAGCUGUUGCUUCUUCUUUUAUAUCGCCUGUCUCUUUGAACUCCACGGAUAUCGAAUGCUCUCAAAACUUACUGAGGCUAACAUCAAGUGGCGGUUGUGGACUCGUGCAACAAGAGAGGUACAAUGGUGAAUGGUCUUUCUUGGACAAGCUUCUAGCAACUCAUCAUCUGAGUGUGGAUCAACAGCAUUCCCAAGGCAAAUGUAGCCCUUCCUCCCAAGUUGAUGUUGGCACUUCAACUCAAAAAUUCCCAUUCCAAUACCUCGGCUGUGAGGCUGACAUUCUGAAAUUUUCGAAGUAGAGAUUCCAGGUGCCAAAUAUUAAGCUUUUAUCAUCAUAAGCAGUGGCAAAGACAUUCUUUACUCUAAAAUCUUAUUACGGUCAGACACGGUUGUAUUAACUAGUUUGAACUUCUAUCUUACCUAAUCUCUAAAUUUGAGUUU